AAGGCAUAAGCGGAGUCUAGUCAAGCGUGAAAGAGCGUGUCCUCAGACAUUCCGCCCUUCUCUUCCUCCACCUCGCUCCGCGCCCUCCGCCAGCUCAUCUCGCCGCCUCCGCAGAAAAGGAGAACUUACGGAAAUCGCAUUAGCUACCGCUCGCGAUGGACUCCGCCGCCGCCGACUCCUCCGCCGCCUCUUCCACGACCUCUCUCCGCCGCGACCACCACCUCUCCCCUGCCUCCGACGCCGCCUCUCCUCCUCCGCAUCCUCCUUCCCCUGCCCGCGUCAAGCUCAUGGUCAGCUACGGCGGCCGCAUCCAGCCCUGCCCCCAAGACGCCACCCGCCUCUCCUACGUCGGCGGAGAGUCCAGGAUCGUCGCCCUCGACCGCUCCACCCGCCUGCCCGCCCUCCUGGCCAAGCUCGCCUCCCUCCUCCCUUCCCCCGCCGCCGAUCCCCUCGCACUCAAGUACCAGCUCCCUGGCGAGGGCCUGGACGUCCUCAUCUCCAUCGCCGAGGACGACGACCUCGAACACUUGAUGGCUGAGUACGACCGCCUCCAGCAAAUCAAGCCGGCCGCGCCAAGGUUGCGCCUCUUUCUCUUCCCCGUCCGCUCGCUUCCCCCGCGCCCCUCCGCCGCUCUCCUCGACGCCCUCCUCGCCGUCCAAAAAACUCCGUCCAGCGCUGACUUCCUCUUCGGUUUCGAUCAGGACUUCGUUCCUCCACCGGCCGUGAAGGUUACCACCAAAGAAAUUGCUCCGCCGCCGCUUAUGGUGGUUGACAGUCUUCCUCGCGAGGCUCCGGCGAAACCUAGUCUGGCUAAGGCUGAUCGGCAUCAACAGCAGCAGAACGACACUUCCCUUGAUUUCACCGUCGCGUUCUCCUCUGAGGAGAUCCAAAAGAUGAAGAAGAUAGCAGCAAAUCCUCCGCCUCUUGAGCACCAAGUUCCACGAUUUCCAGAAAAGUCGGCUCUGUCUCCACAUCCGUCGGCUCCGUACUGCUGGGUGGGGCACACCGGUGGUGGGGCGUCAGUCGCCAGGUACGCAUCCUUUGUCCCAACCGCCGAUCUCACCAUGUACAUGAUCCCAGCGUUGCCGGGGGGCUUCUACGCACCGGCGGCGUCGCAGAUGGCGGUGGAGCCGUACCCGGCGGUGACAGGGUGGCAGGUGGCGUACGAUAGCACGGGGCGGGUGGUUUUCCACCCGAACGUGGCGCCCACGUAUCCGACGGUCACGAGCGUCUCCGCGCUCAGCCACGUGGACGCCGUCGUCAAGGCCCUGCAGCCUUCGGAAGUAUCAUAAUCACUCCGAGUCCAAAAUAAACUUGGGAAAAUUUCAUUUCGCCCAUUUAAAAUUU